AUGAGUACUAUACACGACGACGUGCUCGCUCUAUUGGCGGACUCCGGUCAAUGGACGGAGUCGAACGAAUCGGUGCUGCUCGAGCCGUUCACCUAUAUCACCUCAAAUCCGGGGAAGGAGAUACGCGGACAGAUGAUAGAAGCCUUCAAUACAUGGCUUCGCGUCCCACCGCAACAGUUGCGCAUCGUUGCACGCGUUGUCAGCAUGCUCCAUAGCGCGUCUCUCCUCGUUGACGAUAUCGAAGAUGACUCCCAACUACGUCGUGGGGCGCCGGUCGCCCACAAGAUUUACGGGAUUCCCCAGACUAUCAACUCGGCGAACUACGUUUAUUUCCUUGCAUACCAGGAACUCGCCUCUCUGCGAACAUCAUCUUCCAUAGACUUGGAUAAGAUGGUGACAACCGAAUUACUGAACCUGCAUCGCGGGCAGGGGCUCGAGCUUGUCUGGCGCGAUUCCUUGACCUGCCCUACGGAAGAAGAGUACAUCGCCAUGGUCAACAACAAAACUGGUGGUUUGUUUCGUAUAGCAAUCAAGUUGAUGAUGGCUUGUGCGACCGCGAAUACAGACGUAGACUAUGUCCCGCUGGUCAAUAUCAUCGGUAUCUACUUCCAGAUUCGCGACGACUACAUGAACCUACAAAGUACGGAGUAUGCGACCAACAAAGGUUUCGCCGAAGACUUAACGGAGGGUAAAUUCUCGUUCCCAAUUGUCCACUCGGUGCGAGCCGAUGCAUCCAACCGGCAGGUUCUGAACGUACUACAGAAGCGACCGGCUACGCCGACCCUCAAGAGGCAUAUCAUCGGUUACAUGCGCGAUCACACACGUUCCCUCGAAUAUACCCUCACGGUCUUGCGCAGUCUAGAACGGCAAAUACGAAACGAACUAGAGAGACUAGGGGGUAAUCGGGCUAUAGACGCCAUCGUCGAUGCACUGCACAUCGAGGGUUAGCUAUUGGAUCGGCUCACAAUGCGAAUGAUAAUCUUUCUUCAAGCACGCCG